AUGGUAAAAAUAUCUUUGAUUGUGAUAGCUCUUGCAGCUUUGAUUUCUUAAAUUCAAUGCUAAACUAAUUUGGCAGAAUAAUUAACUAUUUCAGACUUAAAGACUUACAACAAAUGGAGAAGCAGCUAUAGAAGAGUCUUUUUAAACGAAGAUGAGGAAACAUACAGAUAACUUGUUUUCUUUGAGAAUCUACAAAAGCUAAAAACUCAUGAAAAAAAUACAGAAGCAACUUACACCGUUUCUUUAAAUUAGUUCUCUGAUUAUUCCUAAGAAGAGUUUGUCUAAAGAAUAUUAAACAAGCACAUCUCAAGAUCAGAUGCUGAUAUUCAGAAAGAACAAGAACCAAAUGGAAAUCUUAGAAAAGCUGUCAAUUACCCUACCUCUGUUGAUUGGAGAAAUUCUGGUGCACUAAAUCCUAUUUAAAAUUAAGGUUAAUGCGGUUCUUGUGCUGCAUUUGGUACUGCUGGAGUUCUUGAAUCUUUUUACUACCUUAAAAGCAAAUAGCUUUUAAAGUUCUCUGAGUAACAGCUUCUUGAUUGUGCCAGAUAAGCAGGCUUUGAUACUUAUGGGUGUGACGGAGCAUGGUAGUAAGAAUAUUUUAAGUAUGCAAUAAAAUAUGGUAUUGUUCAAGGAAGUUCAUAUCCAUAUGUAGGAUAUCAGACAACAUGCAAAAAUACCUCAAACUUAUCAAAGUACUUCCCUCAAUCAUUCAAGUUUAUCAACCCAAACGCUUCUGAUGUUAAAGCUGCCAUUUCUCAAGGACCUAUUUCUGUAACUGUAGAUGCAUCUACUUGGAGCUCUUACAGCGGUGGUAUCUUUAAUGGUUGCAAUAGCAAUAUACAGCUUAAUCAUGCUGUAAUCGCUGUUGGCUAUGAUACCCAAGGUAAUUAUAUUAUCAGAAAUCAUUGGGGAACAGGCUGGGGUGAAAAGGGUUACAUGAGAUUGUCAGCUAAUAACAAUUGUGGAGUUUUAACAAGUGUUAUUUAAGUUUUAUCUUGA